AUGGCUGGAACCGGCCAUACGCAGCGUAAUCAAUAUCCUUCUCUUCGCAGCCAUCUCGCACAUGCUGGUGCUGCCAGAACUAGUUCAACAAUACCAACCCCUCUGCUCUAUAGAAGCGAUAUCAAAUUUAUACCCAGCGAGCUGCAUCCCCCCCUUUACCCAUCGCCCGUUCAGCAGCAAGUCGCCGCACGACGGUCAACCUCGGUCCUGUCGUCGCAGACGCGCCUAGAGACGCUACUUAAUGCGACACUGCAUGAGAUGGCGCCGCUGAACGGAUCGCUGAAACAAAGCGAAUCACACCUACGAGACAUUCAGACGGGACUCCUACAAGCCCAUCCUGGUCGCCCGCGACACGAAUUGGACCUGGAAUUCGACGGCUGCUGGCAAGCUACGCGCGCCGCCACCAAGAAGUUCGACUCGCUCAGGGCUGACAUCCGCUCUGCACUCGACAAUCUGAUCGCUACCAGCAGCGGCAGCGGCGGUGGCGGGGUAAAAACCAUCGCCGACCCCAAUGUCCGUGAUGCGCGGCUUUCGACGCAGAUGUCCAGGCGGGAACAUUAUCUCGAGCAGUUGACGGCACGCAUGCAGUCCAAGGCGGACUCACUCUCGAGUGACCUCGCCACGCUCGAAGAUCACUUGCAAUCCAUCGGGGAUAUUGUCGCGAGACAGAACCCACCCACGUCGGCGUCCGUGUCCCAGCCGUCAAAUCAGGUCCAAAAUCUCAUCGAGUCGAUCCUCCCUGAGAAACUGCCCUGGUUUUUGCGUCGCGCUCGCCAAGAAAACGCUCGCCCGUGCUCAGAUCCCCCAAUAACGAGCCACUUCCAGGUCGCUGCCAGCGAACAUCAUGCCGUAGCGGAGGUGGUCCGAAACCUGUCUCACCGGCUGCAAGCGCUGCAAAGGAGAAAACCCCUUUGA